GAAGACUACACUCUCCUAAUUACUUGCUGAGAGUCACAGAGCAAGGUGCUUUCCAAGAAUUGUCAGCCAAAAUAUCCACUCAUAAUACGAGCAAGCUUGCAAAAUCUUUUCUUAGCAUCCUGACAUGAUGGAAGUUUUUCUAAACCGGCCAGCGACCAAUGAAACCAGUGCAAAGAUCAACAACUCCACAUUUUCCCACUUCGAAUCCUGUCAACCCCCUUCUCUAACUUUACUCUUGCUGCUCAUAGCCUAUACUGCAGUCUUAGUGGUGGGCCUGCGUGGAAAUCUCUCUCUCAUCAUCAUUAUCUUUAAGAAGCAGAGAGAAGCUCAGAACGUCACCAGCAUACUGAUUGCCAAUCUCUCCCUCUCUGACAUCUUGGCGUGCGUCAUGUGCAUCCCUUUCACCGUCAUCUACACCCUGAUGGACCACUGGAUAUUUGGGGAUACCAUGUGCAAACUCACUUCCUAUAUGCAGAGUGUUUCCAUCUCUGUGUCCAUAUUCUCACUGGUAUUAAUUGCUGUUGAAAGAUAUCAGCUCAUUGUGAACCCCCGUGGCUGGAAGCCCACUGCAUCUCAUGCUUAUUGGGGCAUCACAUUGGUUUGGCUCAUUUCCCUUCUGUUGUCUCUUCCCUUGUUCCUGUCCUACCACCUCACUGAUGAGCCUUUUCGUAACCUCUCUCUCCCCACUGCCAUCUACACCGACCGGGUGGCCUGUGUAGAGAACUGGCCCUCCAGAACAAACCAGCUCCUAUUUUCCACCUCCUUGUUCAUGCUCCAGUAUUUUGUCCCUCUGGGAUUUAUCCUUAUCUGCUACGUGAAGAUUGUUAUCUGCCUUCAAAAGAGAAAUCAGAAGGUAGACAGGAUGCAGGAAAAUGAAAGCCGGCUCAGUGAGAACAAGAGGAUCAACACAAUGUUGAUUUCCAUUGUGGUGACCUUUGGAGCCUGUUGGCUGCCCUUGAACAUCUUCAAUGUUAUCUUUGACUGGUAUCAUGAGGUGCUGAUGAGCUGUCACCAUGACCUGGUAUUUAUAGUUUGCCAUUUGGUUGCCAUGGUUUCUACAUGUAUAAAUCCUCUCUUUUAUGGCUUUCUUAACAAAAAUUUCCAGAAGGACCUGGUGGUACUUAUUCACCACUGCUGGUGUUUUGCACCUCAGGAAAGAUAUGAAAAUAUUGCCCUCUCCACUAUGCACGCAGAUGAAUCUAAGGGAUCUUUGAAAUUGGCCCACAUACCAACAGGUAUAUAAAAAUUGGUAAUAAGUAAUGCCAAAGCCCUUCUUUAAUGAAAUACAGGAGGUCAUGGUGGGGGAUAGGGCAAGAUACAAAAAGAAGCCAGAACCAAAAAUAUAGCAAUGUUAUACCUAGUUUUGCUUUAGACUAAGCUUACCUGUCUCACGUAUCCACUAACAUUCCAUCUGACACACACAGACGUACAC